CUUCUUCUUCUUCUUCUUCUUCUUCUUCUUCUUCUUCUUCUUCUUCUCCUUCUCCUUCUCCUUCUCCUUCUCCUUCUCCUUCUCCUCCUUCUCCUUCUCCUUCUUCUUUCUUUCUUUCUUCUUCUUUGUGCCUAUGUGUACACAUGUUACACAUUUAUCAGUGAGAGGACAACUUAUAAGUCUGCUCUCUCUUUCUACCAUGUGGAUCCUGGGCAUGAGGUUAAGUCAUCAUGCUUAGUGACAAGAGCCUUUACCUGCUGAGCCAUCUUUACAGCCCUACAUGCCUAUGCAUUAAGAGCAUCUCAGAAACCUAACCAUUCCUUGACUGUUUAAGUGGGUUGAAUGCAUAUUAAGAAUAUUCCUUGAGAUCCUGCACAGUGCUGAUGCUGCCACAGAAGUUGAUGACUGUGAGCAGCACUGAGGAAGCACCGAGCAGGACCAGUCCUCAGUGUGGAAAUACCAAUAGGUCCAAGGAUACUUUACUGACUUUCUUAAUCCAAGUACAAAUCAUCCUCUCAUAAAACUAAAAAAGCAAAUGCAACUAACCUUUCAUCCUUUCUCAAUGAUCAGCCAAGUGUGAGAAAGUCACAUGCAAAAAUAUAUAUCUAGAAACAAGAGUUGUGGAAAACAGGCUCACAAGAAGCAAAUAUACUUCAUAUAUUCCUACAGAGCACUGUGUCUGACAUUGCUAUUUACCUGAAAAAUCAUAGCAAUGAGUGCCCCAGAGCACCCACCCCUUCAUAAAUGCAUCAUGCUCAGUCUGUACAAUGAUUCCUGUAUGUUCAAGUUUUCACUGUGCUCUUGGAUGAGCAAUCGAUGUGUUCUUCCCUGGGGAAGACUUAUCUCUUCUGCUGUCACUCCUUGGGUAUCUGUGGUUCUUUGUCGAGGGUUGAGGCCUUCUGGGCUCUUCCCUUCCCACGUUAGCCUGUCCUUUGGUGUCCCUCCAUCAGCCUGUGAUUUGGCAGCCAUGUUGGGGAGACUUCCUGGCUGUAGCUUCUGUGGAUUCUAGGAGACACAAUCUCACAGCAGACUUCCUGCUCAUGUGCUCUUCAGUCUUCCUGCCUCUUCCACAGAGAUCCUUAGGUGUAGGAGUGGUGGUGUGCGAUGCCUUAGUUGGGGCUGGGCUCUGCAAGUGCUGUGGUUUGCUAUAAGGAUCGCUGUCCCUGUUGCAAAGAGAAGUUUCCUCGAUGUAGGGUGAGAGCUGCACCCAUCCAUGGGGGUAAGGGCGCACAUUUAGAGUGGAGUCAGGGGUCCUGCUGGAUUAGUAAGGUGGCAGUGGUCAGUUCUCCUCCACGAUCCAUGAGUUCACUAGCUCUGAGUACAUGGCUGGGUUUCCAGGACCAAACAUGAUGUCCUUCCUGUUGAGCAGGCCUUGAGACUGAUUAGAGAUCUGUUGGUUGUUGGUGUGUGUGUAUGUGUGUGUGUGUGUGUGUGUGUGUGUGUGUGUGUGUGUGUGUGUGUGCAGGUGCACGUGCACACACGUAAGAGAGAAAGAGAAGACAGAGAGAGAGAGAAAGAGAAAGAGAGAGAGAAUCAAAAACAUAGGAGGUAUGAAUCAGUUAUUGAUAAUACAUCAGUGUUGCAUUAAGGCAACAAAUAAAAGCACUUUCCUUUGAAGUGGGUUUACUAAGAAGGAGUCCAGAUUCAAAUUCUCUGAUUUCAUCAUCCCUGUGUCUGUCAUCUUGUCUGAAUCCCUUGUUGCCUAUCUACAGCAUUAUUUUGGUGUGUGUGAAUCAAUAUGGAAAUUAGGUGUAAAAUUUUAUCAAGCUACUUCUUGUAUUCUUGAGAGAGUCGGUCCUGAACCUGCCUUGCAAUUUCCACUAGGCUGGGUGGCCAGCAAGCCCAGCAGUCAUUCUUUCUCUGUCCUUCAGUUCUCAGAUGGGUGUACAUCCUUCCCAUAACUUUAUGCAGCAUUGAGCGGGAAAAUUCAGAUUCCCAUGUGUGUGUAGACCCAUAUCUCCAGCCCCUGUUAAUUUGGUCAUCCUUCCAGGAUCUUCUGGCUUUCAUAGUCUCUGGUGAGAAGUCUGGUGUAAUUCUGAUAGAUCUGCCUUUAUAUGUUACUUGACCUUUUCCCCUUACUUCUCUUAAUAUUCUUUCUUUGUUUUCUGCAUUUGGUGUUUUGAUUAUUAUGUGAUGGGAGGAGUUUCUUUUCUGGUCCAAUCUAUUUGGAGUUCUGUAGGCUUCUUGUAUGUCUAUGGGUAUCUCUUUUUUUAGGUUAGGGAAGUUUUCUUCUAUGAUUUUGUUGAAGAUAUUUACUGGUCCUUUGAGCUGGGAGUCUUCACUCUCUUCUAUACCUAUUAUCCUUAGGUUUGAUCUUCUCAUUGUGUCCUGGAUUUCCUGUAUGCUUUGGGCCAGUAACUUUUUCCAUUUUCCAUUAUCUUUGACAGUUGAGUCAAUGAUUUCUAUGGAAUCUUCUGCUCCUGAGAUUCUCUCUUCCAUCUCUUGUAUUCUGUUGGUGAUGCUUGUAUCUACUGCUACUUGUCUCUUCCUUUGAUUUUCUAUAUCCAGGGUUGUCUCCCUUUGUGCUUUCUUUAUUAUUUCUAUUUCCUUCACCUGUUUGAUUGUGUUUUCCUGUAAUUCUUUCAGGGAUUUUUGUGUUUCCUCUCUAUAGUCUUCUGCUUAUUUACUUGUGUUUUCCUUCAUUUCUCUAAGGGAGUUCUUUAUGUCUUUCUUGAAGACAUCCAUCAUCAUGAUCAAAUGUGAUUUUAAAUCUAGAUGUUGCUUUUCUGGUGUGUUUGGAUAUUCAGUGUUUGCUUUGGUGGGUGAAUUGGGCUCUGAUGAUGUCAUGUAGUCUUGGUUUCUCUUGCUUGGGCUCCUGUGCUUGCCUCUUGCCAUCAUGUUGUCUCUGGUAUUACCUUGUUCUGCUAUUUCUGACAGCCGUUAGACCUUCCUAUAGGCCUGUGUGUCAAGAGUGCUGUAGACCUGCUUUCCUGUUUUCUUUCAGCCAGUUAUGGGAAGAGAGUGUUCUGCUUUUGGGCUUGUAGUCUUUUCCUCUCUACUGGUCUUCAGGUGUUCCUGUGGGCAUGUGUACUGAGUCCACCAGGCAGGUCACUUGGAGCAGAAAAGUUGGUCUUACCUCUGGUCUCAGGCCUGAAGUAGCUCUUCAGAGCUGGGUUUCAGCUCUCUGUGAGGGCAGCAGUCAGAAGGGCCUGCCCCACCUUCUCUUGGGACUCUGUGCACAGGGGGCCCAGAUGGUCUUAGGCGUUUUCCUCUAGAGUCAGAAAUGUGGGUAGAGAGGAGUCUCCUCUGGCUUCCCAGGCAUGUCUGUCCCUCUGCAGGUCUAGCACUCCCUCACAUGGGAUUUGGGUGCAGGGAACUGUUUGAGCAGAUCCCUUCAUAUCUGGGCGGAGUCUGGACCACAGAAUUCCUGCAGCUUGAGUUCCCCUAUCUUCUUGUUCCCAGAGGUCCUAAACAGUUUCCUCUUGGACCAGGGAUGUGGGCAAGGGUGGGCAGUACUGACGGUCUCUCUCAAGGGUGGCAGUACUGGUGCCCUGCAGUCUUAGGAGUGACCACCUGUCUGGGCGAUGAGCUUUCUCUCCCACAGGGUUUGGGAGCAGGGAGCUGUGGGCCGGGGCAAUUGUUUAAGUUAAGCAUAGGUACGAUCAGGGUGUUUGCUGUGGUUUUUCUCAAGUUGAUCGAUGGCUGUUUGACAUUGUCAACUUGACACACCUGGGAAGAGGAACCUUCUCCAUACUUGCCUCCAUCAGUGGCUCAUGUGACAUUUUCCUGACUGCGGGUUGAUGGAGGGGGCACAGGCCACUAUGUGCAGCCCCAGCAAGGGGCAGGUGUUUGUGUGCUGUAGUGCACAGCAGGGUUAGAGAGCCAAAGGAAGCAUCCAGAAAGCCUCCCUGCCCCUGCUUUCUCCCUUUUUCUUUGCAUGAUGACUGCAACUUUUAGUCCUUUAGGGCUGUGGGUCCCCUGUCUGCUCUGCCACAGGGAAUGACCACUGCUUGGGAAAACAGUACAAGGGAAGUUUGACUGUGCUUGACCCAGGCAGUGGCCCUGAGCAUGUUGGACAGGAGAGAAGCCCUGGGAUACUACUUAGGAGUGGGGAAGCACAGGCUAGCUUGAGGGACAGAUGGAGCUGGUUCACUGGUCCCUGGGCUGUGGAGUUCUCAGGCUCUUGGACACCCAGGCAUUGCUGGAAGUCUCAGAAGAGCUGAGAAUAGCAUGUGGGCCCUAGGGCUGGAUGUAGUCUGUGUCCGGGGCGGGAGGGAGAAAGGAGAGAGCUCUGGUUAAUCCCAUGAGGAUGUUUCCUGGCUUGAACUGGUUGGCUUGGAGGCAGUUGUGGCUGGGAGUGGAGAGAGGCCUUCUACAGGAGAUUAGACAGUGUCUCUGUAGUGAAGGACUUCUCCAUAUGUCCCCAAGGUGGAUCCCAAUGAAAAGAGACAGUCCAUGGCUCUGAAUCCUUUAUUGCCAUGGAGGAAGGUGGAUGUGUAAAACCAUACUACACUGGGCCUGAGAUUAAAUACCUUUUACAGAGAGGAGGUCUGGGACGGAAAGUUUAUUGGCUAAGCCCUCCAUGCCUCCAUUUACUUCACUAGCAUGGAGAUCUAUCCUGAGCCUACAGACCACAGGUCAUGUCCUUUUCUACAUGGGGUCUUGCUAAAUUGCCCUUACAUGUCUAUUGGCCAUAAAUCUAUGGGGGAGGGAUUGUGGUUUGUGACAGGGACCUGGUGACUGGGAGCAGGCGAAGCUACUACUGUCCCUGCAUGGUCUCUGGGGAUUCUAGCCUUAGUUCAACUGAGGACCAUGCUACUUCUCACAGUCCACUGCCCAACAUAGCUCAAAUGAAGCCUUUCCUUCCUUAAGUUACUUUGGACCUUGGGUUUCAUUACAUCAACAGAGAAAUUAAACUAGAGCCCUUUUGAAAAUGGCAACUCCGAGGUGAAAAUGUGCUAGCAUACUGCUCUCAACUUGCACUUCCUCUCAGACUCCUGUUUGUGGGUUCCACCACGAUUUGAGAAAAGGAAACUAGAACCUAGAAACUUACAGAGGCACUUCAAGAAGUGCAGGUACCCAGCCAUGGCCCAAGAGGAACCUGGGGGCUCCAACUCAGUCCUGAAUGGUGAUGCUAAUAGUGACAAAAAGAUGGAGAAGUGGACAUGUGCCCUCUGCCCUGAAGGCCACGACUGGAGUGUGAUUUACUUUGCACCAUCAUCGAAUAUAGCAGCUCAUGAAAACUGUCUGCUGUAUUCAUCAGGACUGGUGGAGUGUGGUCCUCAUGAUCCACGUAAUCCAGCCAGAAGCUUUGCUGUCAAAUCAGUGAAGAAAGAGAUCUGGAGAGGGAGAAGAUUGAAAUGCUCAUUUUGUAAUAACAAGGGAGCCACCGUGGGAUGUGAUUUACAGUCUUGUCCCAAGAAUUACCACUUACACUGUGCCAAGGAGGACCGCGCAAUUCUACAAGUUGAUGAGGAUCAUGGAACUUACAAAUUAUUUUGCCAACGACAUGUUCCAGGGGGUCAAGAACCCACACAACUUGAUGCAGCUGUCAAAGCUUCUUUUCUUAAGAAAUGCCUGGAAGCAGGACUUCUUACUGAAUUAUUUGAACAGAUACUACAAAAAAUGAUUUCAAUUCAUGGAAGAUUCAUGGAUGAGACUGCUUCAGAGUCAGACUAUGAAGGGAUCAAGACCUUACUGUUUGACUGUGGACUAUUUGGAGACAUACUAAGAAAAUUCCAAGAAGCAAUCAAGAGCAAAGCUUGUGAAUGUGAAGAAAGGCUGAACCAGAUGAAGCAGCAGCUGGAGUUACUUGCAGAUUUACAACAAAACCUGCGCUCAUUUCAAGAAUGUGGGGACCUGGACCCCUCAGGCUCUACCUCAGGAUCCUUGCUACCUCCUGAGGACCACCAGUGCAGAUGCCAGGAGUCUCCUGAAGUGCAAGCAGGCUCAGGAGACAGCCUGUGACAGAUCCAGUCCCCUCCAGCUCUGGCCUGCUACUGCUCAGCCAGGGUCCAUACCUGACAGGUUGUUUCUUGGCUCGUCUCUUGUCAUCUCACUUGUCCUGCCUUCUCCUGACAGUAACAGCUGUUCCUCAGGUCAACUGGAUCAGGCCCCCAUGUCCUCUAAGGAGCAGGAAGUCCUCCUACCUACCCUACCCACCCUAGUCAGGGGCAGCCACACCACAGCCUUUGCUCAUCCUUUUGUGGAAUCUUAGAGCUUUCUUCUUGCUUCUGCUACUCCUGCAGUAGGUCUGUGUCAUCAUGGUCUCCUCUCAGUAUUAGUGACUUCAUCAGAAUGGAGCAGAGCCUCACUCCUGUGCAUAGCUCGCUAGUACCCUGGGUUUCUGCUCACUACCACCUUCCCAACAUUGAGCACACUUAAUAAAUGCUUGACAAAACACUG